UUUUAAAUAUAUAUAUUUUUUAGAUUUGAAAAUGUUAGAUUGUUUAUUGUAUUUUAUUUAAAAAUUUGAAAAACUUGUAAUAAUUAGAUGAUAUAAAUUAAGGUAAUUUUAGACAAGACCUAAACAUGCAUGCAACUCCACAAACCAAUUUUCUCUGCUCUGCCAUUAAUCGAAGCAAGUGCCUCUUUUUUUUUUAAUUGAAACUUGUAAUGACUUAAUCCUGCAGGUUGCCUUUCCUAAUUUGACAACAUUGCAUCUAUGGAAUCUACCCAAAAUAAAGCAUGUAUGGAGUAAAGACCCCCAAACAAUUCUCAGGUUUCAGAAUCUACAAAACAUUGAUGUUUGGAAAUGUGCGAGUCUUAAUAGUUUGUUUCCAGCCUCGAUCGGUACUUGUCUUAAGCAAUUGAAGGAAAUUAGAAUUAGGGAUUGUGGGGUACUGGAGGAAAUUGUUGAGGUUGAAGGAGGAGAAGCAGUGGAAAGGAGGUUGGUGUUCGAGUUCCCUCAAGUAACUUCUUUGGUUCUUAAAAAUUUAUCGAGACUUGAGUGUUUUUACAAGGGAGUGCAUAUUUCAAAAUGGCCGAUGCUAAAAGCGAUGGAGAUUGGCAGAUGCAAGAAAGUUGAGGUACUAUUUGCUUCCGGACUUGUGAGUAAAGAAACAGUUGAAGAGAGACAGUCUCAGUCGUCAAUUAAACAACCUCUUUUCUGGGUGGAUGAGAUGCCAUUCCCGAGCUUGGAGGGAUUGGAAAUUUCUAAAAUGGAAAAGUUGGAAAUUAUAUGGAAUAUCAAGGACUCCCAUCAACGCAAUAUGUACAGCUUUCCAAAUCUACUUCAUAUUGAUGUUUCAUUGUGUGAGAGUUUGAAAAGUUUGUUUCCAGCAGCCUCAGUUGCUGCAAGUCUCGAGAAAUUGGAGUCUCUCAUAAUAACAGGUUGUGGGGUAUUAGAGGAAAUUGUCGAGAGAGAAGACGGGACCGAUCCAACAACGAGACUUUUAUUCCCCAGCCUAAUUUGUCUAGGACUUUAUGGGUUACCAAAACUCAAGUGGUUUUUCCACGGGGUGCGUACUUUGGAAUCGUCGUCGUCCAAAGAAUUGCAUGAGCAGGGAGGCACUCUUUUCGUGGUUGAAGAGGUUGCCUUCCCUAGUUUGAAACUACUGGAUCUAUAUGGUCUACCCAAAAUAAAGCAUAUAUGGAGUAAAGACUCCCAAUCAAUUCCCAGCUUUCAAAAUCUACAAGUAAUAAUUGCUGGGAAAUGUGUGAGUCUGAAAAGUUUGUUUCCAGCCUCGAUCGUUAGAUGUCUCGAGCAAUUGGAGAAAAUUAAGAUUUAUGACUGUGGGGUGGAGGAAAUCGUUGCGGCUGAAGGAGGAGAAGUAGUAGAAAUGACGUUGGCGUUCCCUCAAGUAACUUCUCUGUAUCUUGAAAAUUUAGGGAGACUCAAGGGAAUGCAUGAUUCAAAAUGGUCGAUGCUGAAACAGAUGCGGAUUCUUGAAUGCGAGAAAGUCAAGCUCUCAUUCCCAAGCUUGGUGACAUUGGAAAUUCGGAGAAUGUAUAAGUUGGAAAUUAUGAGCCGGAAUGUUACUAUUCGAAAAUUGUGGCGUUCUUGUUACGCAAGGUGUUUGCACGCCAACGAAUCUUAUCGGCUUAGAAGAGCAUUAAUGAGGAAACUCUUCAUUGGGAGGAGUAUUAAGGCUCACCAUCAAUCUGCUCAGCGAAUUCCACCUCACAGCGGGAUUCUAACAAAGACAACUCCAAGGCCGCAGCUGCUCGAACAAACUCUUCAUAAAGAAAUAUUGCAGAUGAGCAUUGAUGAGGAAACUCUUCAUAAAGAAAUAUUGCAGAUGAGCAUUAAUGAGGAAACUCUUCAUUGGGAGGAGUAUUAA